AUGCGGGCAGGGGAGAGCUCGGCAGAAGGGAGUGGCUACCUACUGGAGCUUCGACCAACCACCACCGGUCAAUUCCGCUUUGGGGCCACCCCUUACUCUACCAUUAUUAUAGGGGUAUGGGGUUCGAGACAAAGAAAGAUCAAGGCAGCAUAUCAGUUUUUCCUUUAUACUUUACUUGGAUCUGUUUUUAUGCUAUUAGCUAUUCUGUUGAUUCUUCUCCAAACAGGAACCACCGAUUUACAAAUAUCAUUAACCACAGAAUUUAGUGAGCGGCGCCAAAUCUUUCUAUGGAUUGCUUCUUUCGCCUCUUUCGCCGUCAAAGUGCCUAUGGUACCAGUUCAUAUUUGGUUACCCGAAGCUCAUGUAGAGGCACCUACGGCAGGAUCCGUCAUCUUGGCAGGAAUUCUUUUAAAAUUGGGAACCUACGGGUUUUUAAGAUUUUCAAUACCCAUGUUUCCCGAAGCGACACUUUGUUCCACUCCUUUCAUUUAUACUCCAAGCGCGAUUGCUAUAAUAUAUACUUCCUUGACCACUUCAAGACAGAUCGAUCUUAAGAAGAUCAUUGCUUACUCCUCAGUAGCCCAUAUGAAUCUGGUGACUAUUGGUAUGUUUAGUCGGGCGGCGGCCGUUAGGUCACCUAUUUUGAGUUAUGGACACACAAGGCCAAAACAUGUGUGCCGGGCGUGCGACCCAUCAACCUACUAGCAAUGGGGGA